GCGUCAUGGCCGCCUGGGGCGCCGGCCCGGCCGGGCCCGGCUCGGGAGGGGGCCGGCAGGCCGCGCUUCUUUCAGAGCCGCAGUAGCGCUGCGUGGUUUGGAGGGCCCAAGUGAACAAAGAAGCGGUUUCUCGCAGCCUGAGCAGCCGCGGGACGCGGCGGCGUCCGGCUGGGCAGGAGGCGUCGGAGCUGGGGCUCGGCAUGCUCGGGGUCCCUCCGAGCGGCAGCGCCGCCGGCGAAAACCGGGCCGAACCGGGGGCGCGAUCCGGCGUUUGCAGGAGCGGAGCUGGUAUACUUAACACGUGCGCUGCUGAGAUCACCGCAGUGAAGGCAGCAACAUUUCGUCAUUCUCUACGGGAUUUGCCAGAUGGAUCGCUGUAGUCAUACUGCAUUGCCUUAUCUUGAAGUCUAGGGGAAUUUUGGGCUGUUUUAUCAUACUUGUAACUGUGUUCAGCCCUCUUCAUCCUGCGUUGAUCCUGCGUUGUUGUACUCAGUGAUACAGGAUGCUGCUUGCCCUGGUACUGUGGGCAGCUUUGCUGAUGGCAAGUGGCGAAGCGCAAGAUGAUGAGUGGAUUGACCCCACAGAUAUGCUCAAUUACGAUGCGGCCUCAGGAACGAUGAGAAGGCCUUACAAGGUAAGCUAUCGUGAUUCUGAGGCUAUGACUAUGGAUACAGUCGGUACUGAAAACUUACCAGGUUGCUCCAGAGAGGUAGAUGCCUUGCGACAAAAGGUUGAAGAAUGUGAGAAGAAGAAUACCGUAUCGCAUGAAAGCCGCAGCUUUUAUAUUUUUAAGCGAUACUUGAAUAAGAUUUUAAAUGAAGCUGGAAAACUUGGUCUUCCCAAGGAGAACACAGAUAGAGUGCAUUAUGAUGCUGAGAUCAUCCUUACAAAACAAACAUAUUUGGAGAUCCUCAGGUUUCUCAAUGAGGAUACUUGGCAGUCGGGUGCUGUGGAUGAUGCGCUUAGUGAUAUUUUGAUCAAUUUUAAGCACCAUGAUUAUAAAGCUUGGCAUUGGAGAUUUGAAGACACUUUUGGAAUUGAUCCAUAUAAUAUGUUUAUGAUCCUCUUAUGUUUAGUGUGCAUUGUAAUUAUCAUAGCCACUGAGCUCUGGACACGUAUUCAUUGGGUUACUCAGCUAAAGCGUGUUUUAUUAAUCAGUUUUCUGAUCAGUUUUGCAUGGAACUGGCUUUACUUGUAUAAGGUGGCCUUUGCACAACAUCAGGCGGAAGUUGCCAAAGUGGGGCAGUUUGAUGAUGUCUGUGCUGAGAAGGUGGACUGGAGUGGAAGUCUCAUUGAAUGGCUUCGAAGUAAGUGGACAUUUCAGGAUGAUCCCUGCCAGAAGUACUAUGAAACUCUACUAGUAAAUCCUAUUUUGCUGGUUCCACCAACAAAGGCAUUGGCUAUUACUUUCACCAACUUUGUAACUGAGCCUUUGAAGCAUGUAGGACAAGGCAUUGGGGAGUUCAUCAAAGCACUCAUGAAGGAGAUACCAAUGUUCCUGCAGGUUCCAGUACUAAUCAUGAUGGCUCUAGCUGUUCUGGCUUUCUGCUAUGGUGCAGGAUCAUCAGUGUCUAUGUUAAGAUAUUUAACAUCCUCUCAGAAGAAAAUGCUUCCUCCACCUGAUGGACAGCAGGAAAAAAUAGACUUUAGGCAAUAUAGUGAGAGGGAUUCAGAUGACUAUCCUUUACGGAAGAUUCCUCAUGUAAAUAAAGGACCCUAUGACAGAGGAGAUGCCUGUAUCAGACCUGGAAACAGCAGCAAAAGCCUUGACGUUUUCCACGCAAGCAAUGAUCCAGAUACGCAAGUAGAAGAGUCUCACAAACCAGAACCCAGUAAUAGAUUGAACACUGAUUCUGAAGUUCGUAGACUAGCAACUAUCACAGCUGAAUGCCUUACUGAAGAGCGUGCACUUGAGCAGCAGAAGCAGCAAACAGGCAAAGCAGAGCAAGAGGCUGGUGAAAACUGCAAUUCUAAUAAAAACCUGGAAGGGGAAAGUUCUACAGUGGGAGCAGCUGAAGACAAGAAAGAGAGCAGGUCAUGUGAAUCAAAGGAAGGAGACUGAGGAAUCUCCAAGCUCUGCUGUGGAGUAGAGGAUGUGGCUACUGAAGCAGUUGAGAAUCUGUUCUUCUCCUGGAAGAAGCAUCGCUGAUCAUCCAUCCUGUUACUCUGGAAUCGACUCAGCAAGUCAAAGAACCCUUCAUCUGCCAUUGUCUCUCGAUUGUUUUUCUGAAGAGGAUAGAAAAGUUAGUAGGUAUUUUGAACUCAGCAGCACCUAAAAACAGGACAGCCAUUUGGUAGUUUCAUUCCAACAAUGUUUUAUAUUUGAGUAUCUGAUUAGUAACUAUUGAUUGAUCUGAUUGAGUAACUAUUAAACACUAGUAUUUUAGUCAUCCAUUUUUUUAAGAUCAAGAUUUAUCCUAAGGUAGUGGGAAAUGCUAAUAUAACAAAUAUUUUGGAAAGGUAAAAUCUAUUAGAAACAUUUAAUUCUCUGAAACAGAGAGAACAGGUACUCUUAUCAUUACCUCAGGAAUUUUCUCCUCAGCUACUAAGGCACCAAAACUCAAAUGCCAAGGAGGAAAGAAAACAACAGUAGUGAACAGUUUUCAGUUGCUCCUCAGGUAGAUGGUUCUAUCAUUCAGAUCAAAUGAUGCAAUUCUUUUUAAUUUUAACUGACUUCUGUAAGGAGUGCAAUGACCUAUAAAAUUUUUUUUAUCAAAAAAAAAAAAAAAAUAAAAAAAAUCCACUGGCCAAUUUCAGCCAAGCUUGACAGGGGCAUAGGUGUCAAAAAAACAGCAUUUGGUAAGUUUAGAAAAACAUGUCCUGAGAGAGAUUUUAGAAAUAAAGUAUAUGUGCCAGCUUUCCUAAAACUUUAAAAAGUCUACUGGGAGAAAAAACAUUCUAAUAGUAGAAAAACUUUUUCUAAGUACCAUCUUCCAUGAAACAUCUGUAAAAAUGGCAGAUUCUGCAUCGAUUCACUGAGUGACAUUGUUUAAAUUAAGUAAACAAAUAAAUAAAACUUAAAAUCUGUUUGAUGAAAAUUAUGGAAAACACAUUCCUGCAGGUAUCUAUAUUAAAAGCUAUAAUCUCCAAACUUACCCUUUGAGAGUUUGGAAGUCGAUGAUCAAUAGAAUUACUGGCAUCCUGCAAAACUUUCGAAGAGGUGCUGGUUUUGUACUUUUUACCUUUUAGUCGAUUUACAAAAUGCAGCUUUGCUGAAGGUUUGGCAACCAGUGGUUUCUGUUUAGCAAGAAUCUCACUGUUCCAGUUCUGAACCUAAGAAAACAAGAGUCAUGAAAUCAACCCUUUUAACUGUAUUACACUGAUGCCUGUCAUGGUUGGUUCUUUUUCUUCCCAAAGUAAAGCAGCUUUACAUUAUAUAGUUUAUCCAGCCACUAGGUGGUUAAAAAUUGUAUCACAUGACAUAUGAUUAUUGGAGAUCUUAUUUACCUGAAGCAGGUUAGUACUGUUGUUAUUGAUCAGUCUCUUAACUGAACCACAGUGGGAUGCUUGAUGGAUUAAGAGUGAUAAAAUGGUAUAUAUAAUCAAGCAGUUAGAACUGUUUUUCUUACUGAUUGAGAUGUAGCAAAUGUAGUUAAGAUGACUACUAAAAUUCAGGUACAGGUGGCAGUUCCCACAUGACAUUCUGACACUUGAAAAAAAUCCAUGGCUUUAAAGUGGGAGAGUGGAGCAAAACUUUGUAUUCAGCAGAUACUCAGCCAACCUUUUAUCGAGUCCUUUAUAUACACAGAAUUCCCAAUACAGGUUGAAAAGGAAGAGUGAGAAGAAUGCCAGCACAGUCUGACUUUAUCAACCUACCAGCUUUCACAUAACUUUUUCUAAAAUAGUUAUCCACAAAAGAGAUAAUCUACAAAAGACAAUCUUCUAUAAUAACUGCAUGAAAAACACUUUUUUUUCUUGAUUCGGCAUCAGAAACUGUGACUAUAAGCAUAAAUCCUAGUCAGCAGUGCUGCCUGCCAAAAUGGAAUUACCUUUAAAGGCUUAAGCUCAAAGGGAAGACUGUACUGUACAAUCAAACCAGAAUGCUAGAGCCAUGCAUUCUGUUUUAUAACAGAAAUAUUCAUGGAAUAAGUGUCCAGAUUAUACUACAGGAGGAUCUUGAAAAAAGCCUUUACUAAAAGCUAAGCUGUAAUACUAGGUUAAUACUCCAUUGUAAAAUCCACAUGAAAUGUUUUAGUGUAUUUAGGGUGAGAACUGUCACACACACAGUAUUUUGAAAGAUAACACAGACAGAUAAAGAGAUUCAGUAAGAAAAUACAGGAAGUAAUAACCAACAGCUUAGAGGGUCCCUGUAGAGAAACAAGUCUGGAAUAAAACCCAGACUCACUUUAAAUCAGUGCCCAAAGAGGCUCUGCGUGUUAGCGCUAACUUCAGCUGUACCAACUGUCAUGAUGUAAGCUUUGAGAAGAUUUAAUUUACUGUGUGAUAAACAUGAUGACAGGCUUUUUUAUCAUUUGAAGAGAUAGGAAUCGGAUAUCCCAAUAUGGAGGCAGAAAUAGCAAUGUCAGUCCACCAGUAGAGUCAUCUACAUUAAAAGGUAAGCUUACCUUUUAAAGACAGAUGGAAUUUAAAGGAAGUCUCUCAAGAUUCACACAAAGACGAGGAUCAGGAACUCCCAGCCCUGAGAGAUGUCUGUGACUUGGGAGAAGUCACUUUCCCUAUCUGUGACUCAGGUUCAGCAUUUUUGGAAUGGAGUCUUUAUUCAAGAUAGGUGUUGAAACAAUGGCUUGCAAGGUGGGUUGAAAUCCCAAAGUGAAGAAAAACACUUACCUGUACAUUAAGUGUCUAUAAAAUGAUUGCAGCCAAAGAAAAAUUGUUCAAAGCACCUCUCUGAGCUAAAGCUUAUGACAUUUAAUUGUGAAUCACUUUUAUGCUGCAAACCUCAAGCCACUUUUUAAAAGGAGAUGAAAAGAAUUCUUUUGCUGUACACUGCAGGUCCCUAUUCUUUCUUCUUCCUGAAGGGAAUAAAGCAAGCUUUCCACUAAUCAUUAUAUAUGUAAGAUGCUAACUGUUACUUACCUGGCAACAGUAUUAUUUGUCAUAUCUUAUUGUCAGAACUGUUUUCACCUAACUCUUAAGAUAGCUAAAUUAAAGGGGAUGCAAAUGACACAUCAAAGUUCUGCUGACUUCUUUCAAAGUGGUUAAGUACAAAACUUCUGACUAUCUUGUCAUUUGAACACAAAUAAUAAUAGCGAUUCGUAACUUAGAGUAAAACCCUGGGAAACAUUUCAUUGCAAUCGUACUGGAAGAACAGAAGAAAAAAAUGCCAACCUUUUCUGGUGUUAAUUUCACAAGUUCCAUGUUUUCCAUACUGUGACGGCGUCCGACUCUUGUUCUGGUACCUUGAAGAAAGAAACAAGUUCAUCCUUUUAUCAUUAAGAUUUAUGGUGUUACCUUCAAAGCUGGACUCUCUUUGUAUUCAUCUAAGCUCCAAGAUGCAGCAAUUCUGAGUUCCAAAAUGGUGCAGUUAAACUUACCAGCAGAGAGUAAAUAGCUGUUAGUACAAACAGCCUGAAAAACUCACACUGCUACAUAAGCAGUGCUUUCAGGGGACUCAGAGAAGGACCAUGGAGCUAUGAACCAUCAAAUGAACCAACUUCUAUAGUAAGCCUGGUGUUGCUAAGAUGGCAGGAAGAAAAGACAUUUGGCAGCAAGUAGAUAAAUUUCCCCCAUUAAAAAUGAAGAAUAUUAGAAUCUCAAGAUUAUUCAUGUGAAGGAACUAAGCAGCAACUUGUGAUUCACAAUGCAAAUCCUCCAAAAAAAUAUUGCAAUAUUGCAAAAAUAGCCAUUACACAAAGAAAUCUUUUUUGCUCACAGGGAAAAAAAGAUGCAUAUACAACCAUCUGAAGGUUGUGCCUUCAUCUGCCAAAAGAAGAAAGCAACUAACAAUACAAACGGAUAUUUUUUUUCUUAAGUUCACUGUUAAAAGUAUUCUAUAAACAAACACAUACCAUUCAAACUGUUGUCAGCCACGUGGUUUUCUGACAUCAUGGAGUUAUUUGUGCUAUAGCUCAAUCCAAGAACCAUUUGAAGAUCUGAGAGAUUAAGUCUAGCAGUGAGUUCUCCACUUCUGUCUCCUACCUGCAGCCAAAUAAAAUAAGUAGAUCUAGUACCUUGAUAAAAUGUAAACAUAUGUAAAUAUGAAGCAUGUAUCUUCCCCUCUAAAUCCCUGGUUGAAAACUGUGCUGGCAGUACUGCAGUCAGCCACUUAAGACGUUACUCAAAAUCUAUUCCAUUAUUCAAUAUCGCAUGCAUGGUCGUCCCUCUACAGCAAUCACUGCAGUGAGAGCAGAAAUCAAGCAGUCAGUGUAAGUGAGCGUGUGAAUAUCAUACCUCCCUUGAAAUCUCCAAAUGCCUUUCUGCAAAAUGCAUUGCUUGGUCAUGAUUUCCCAGAGCAGUAUAAGCAUUCCCUAAACUCCAGCAUGCUCUUCCUUGGCCAAUUCUGCAAAAAUUCAGAAAAGAGCAAAGCUUCAAGCACAUCUUCCAUUACUGUCUGAACACUAGGGGUCAGAUUUUCAUAACAUUACCACCAUAUGAUGGCUGUGCAAAGAAAAAUUAAGAUUCCCAUCAGAAACUAUACCUACACUGAUGAAUUAAAGUAUCUGUAAUUAAAGUAGUGUGAUAUGGACAUAAGCGUAAAUGUGAACAAAUCUCAUCAAAUCUUCGAUUUUUAAACUCACAGCACACACAACUCAUCUUUUCAGUUUUGCAAGCAUUAUAUAUAUAGCAAAUAGUUCCUUAGAUCAUAUACCUGUCACCCAGAGGAGGGGAAUAUAUACAUAUAUAAAAAAAUAUAUAUAUAUAAUAUAUAUAUACACAUAUAUAUAAAUAUAUAUAUAUAAUAUAUACAUAUAUAUAUAUAUAUAUAUAUAUAUAUUAUAGCCUAUUUUACUUUUCUUCAGAGCAUAUCCCUUAUUAUUCACAUACUCUGUUUACUGAGUUAGAAGAACUGCAUUUAACAAAAUGUUACACCAAUGUUACAGAAAAACUCAGAAAUUAUGGUUUUAAAAAAAGCAUUAUUUGCUAGUGGACUUAUUUUUCUCCCUCCCCCCUGUUGCUCAUUCAUGGAAAAGCUCUGCAAAAUUACUACAGUCGAGUCCUGUUUUUUUUUAAUUUAUAAAGAAAAUACUGACAAAAGAUGUGGAAACCGUCACUCAUCGAUGUUGUAAUAAAAUUGAAUAAAGGGAUAUUUCACCCCAGACUCAUUAACUGAAA